AUGUAUUCCCUUUCUACCUCCUCCUCACCACCGCCUCAUCAAAUUUUCCACUCAACCCCAUCUUCAUCAAUCCCUUUAUUCUCAUACACCUAUUACUCAAGAACGACGGCCCCAACAAAGAUCAGAGCUAGCACCACUAAGUUUGGUAGUUUUCUUCACUUACAGCCUCUGAACAAGCCGCACAACUUGGAUUUCGAUCUUCCUUUGCUUCACCCGUCGUCAGAUCAUCGUCCUCGUAAAUUCGACGUCAUCAUCAUCGGUGCUGGACCAGCCGGCAUUCGCCUUGCAGAGCAAGUGUCAACCUAUGGUAUUGAGGUUUGUUGUGUCGAUCCUGACCCGCUUUCUCUGUGGCCCAACAACUAUGGUGUCUGGUUCGACGAGUUUGAGGAUUUGGACCUCCAUGAUUGCUUGGACAAAACAUGGCCCAUGGCUUGCGUUUAUAUUAAUGAUGGCAGGGUCAAAUACUUGGACCGUUCUUAUGGUCGGGUCAGUCGGAAGAAACUGAAGGAGAAACUGAUCGGACGAUGUGUCUCCAACGGGGUUACGUUUUAUAAAGCAAAGGUAUGGAAAAUCGAACACCAGGAGUUUGAAUCUUCGAUUCUGUGUGAUGAUAAUCAUGAGCUCAAAGCGAGUUUAAUUGUCGAUGCCAGUGGGUUUAACAGUGAUUUUAUAGGCUACAACACUAAGCGUAGAAACCACGGAUAUCAAAUUGCUCAUGGGAUUCUGGCUGAAGUGGAAGAACACCCUUUUGAUUUGGACAAGAUGGUCCUCAUGGAUUGGAGAGAUUCCCAUCUUGGUAAUGAGCCAUACCUGAGAGACAACAAUAAAAAGCUUCCAACUUUCUUAUAUGCAAUGCCAUUCAAUUCCAACCUCAUAUUUCUGGAAGAAACCUCCCUUGUGAGCCGUCCUGUGUUAUCAUAUAUGCAAGUGAAGAGAAGGAUGGUAGCAAGGCUGAGACACUUGGGCAUAAGAGUGAUUAACAUAUUGGAGGAUGAGAAAUGUCUGAUCCCAAUGGGAGGGCCUCUUCCUAGGAUACCCCAAAAUGUAAUGGCUUUUGGCGGGAAUUCUGGGGUAGUCCAUCCUUCAACAGGGUACAUGGUGGCUCGAACCAUGGCUCUAGCCCCGGUUGUAGCCAGGGCUAUAGUGGAAUGCCUUGGGUCGACCAGGAUGAUCAGGGGGACGCAGCUUUAUGCGAAGGUUUGGGAUAGUCUUUGGCCAAUUGAGAGAAGAUUCACAAGGGAGUUUUAUUGUUUUGGAAUGGAAACACUGUUGAGGCUUGACUUGAAUGGAAGCAGGAGCUUCUUCGAUGCUUUCUUUGACUUGAAACCUUAUUACUGGCAAGGCUUUCUCUCUUCAAGGUUGUCUCUGAAGGAAUUAGCUUGCCUUAGCUUAUCUCUCUUCGGACAUGCCUCGAAUUUUUGUAGGUUUGAUAUUGUGACCAAGUGUCCUCUGCCUUUGGCUAGAAUGAUGGGAAAUCUCGCUUUGGAAUCCAUUGGUUGA